AUGCGCUUCUCGCAGUGCGCUCCGCUUCUCCUCGGCACCCUGGCCUCGGCCGUGGGUGCGCUCGCCGACACUCCGGGUCCCAGCACCACGGCCGCCGCCGCCGAUGCCGAGAGCACCAGCAACAUCAUCGCGGGCGCCUACAUUGUCGAGCUCGACGAUGCUUCGCCUGACGCCGAGUCUCUGUUCAAAGACCUCCGCGCCGAUGGCCUCGAGGUGAAGCCGAGCAUGGACCUCAAGUUCCGCCUCUUCAACGGCGUGUCGUUCCGCGUCGAGUCACCCGACUCGGUCGGCGCCGACGCCCUGACGGCCCAGAUCGCAGCCAAGGGCGCCGUCAAGGCUCUCUGGCCCGUCCGCGGCAUCCGCUUCCCCCAGUUCGACCCGGCCAACGCCGGACCUCACAACCUGUCGGCCUCGACACAACAGCAGCACCAGAAACGUGCGCUCGGCGACGGCGACGUCUACACGCCGCACCUCAUGACGCAGGUUGAUAAGCUGCGCGCCGAGGGGUUCACGGGCAAGGGUCUGCACAUUGGCGUUGUCGACACGGGCAUCGACUAUCGACACCCUGCGCUCGGCAAUGGUUGCUUUGGCCGUGAGGGCUGCCUCGUGACCAAGGGGUGGGACUAUGCGGGCGACGAGUUUGACGAGGGCGGCAACCUCAAGCCUGACGAUGACCCCAUCGACACAUGCCAGGGCCACGGCACACACGUCAGCGGCAUCGUGGCAGCCCAGGAGAACGAGCUCGGCUUCACGGGUGCGGCGCCCGACGUGACGCUCGGCGUCUACAAGACGAGCGGGUGCGCUGGCUACGCGACGAGCGAGGUUCUCGUGGCCGGCAUCUACCGCGCCUAUGACGAGGGGGCCGAUAUCAUUUCUCUUUCGGCCGGUGACGACUCUGGAUUCUCGAGCGACGCCGCUGCCGACGCCGUAUCUCGUCUCGCCGCCGUCGGCGUGCCCGUCAUCGUGGCCACCGGCAACUCGGGCGGUCUCGGCCUGUGGAACGCGGCGUCUCCGGCCUCGGGCAGGGAGGUCGGCCGCCAUCGGCUCCGUCGAGAACACCAAGCUGCCGACCAUCAUGACGAGGGGGUGACUUCACCAACGGCACCGGCUCCCACGGCUUCGGCUGGCUCCAGGGGAACCCCGUCCUCCAGACCAAUGCGACGCUCAGAUGACCAGGCCGCCAACUUUGUCACCAAGGGCGGCAAGCACAUCAUCUACUACCCCGAGAGCGAUGCCCGCCUGGCGGCCACCUAUGUGUACACCGAAGGCAUCGAGGGCGUCUUUGUCGUCUCCCCUGCCCAGGCUGCCGCGUGGCUCAAGGCCUUGGGGGCCGGCCAGCGGAUCGACGUGUCUGUGAGCCCCGUCGAGUCGGCGCGCGUCUGGGCCGAGGACCUCAGCAACGGGCCCGGCGCCGGCCUGACGAGCGGCUUCACCAGCUGGGGUCCCUCGUGGGAGAUGGUGCUGAAGCCGCAGUUCACGGCGCCCGGCGGCGGCAUCCUGUCGACGUGGACCUGGGGCUCGGGCGACUACGCCGUGAACCCGGGCACGUCCAUGUCGGCGCCGCUCGUGGCUGCCAUCUACGGCCUCGUCGGCCAGGCGCGCAAGACGCUCAACGCGCAGGUCCUCCGCAACGUGCUCUCCAGCACGGCCAAGCCGCUGACCUGGUUCGACGGCGAGACGACGCACGACGGCGUGCUCGCGCCCGUGGCCCAGCAGGGCGCCGGCCUGGUGCAGGCCUACGACGCCGCCCACGCCACGACCCUCGUCGACACCAGCGGCUUCUCCUUCAACGACACGGACAGCUUUACGCCCAAGCGCACCUUCACCCUCGAGAACACGGCCGCCGAGGCCGUCACCUACACGUUUGGCCACGCCAAGGCCGCCACCGCCUACAGCUUCUCCGCCGACAACCUGCUCACCAUCGCCCGCUUCCCGCCGCCGACGGCCGACGUCUGGGCCUCGAUCGCCUUUGAGAGCGAGACCGUGACCGUCCCGGCCGGUGCCUCGGCCGAGGUCACCUUCACGCUGACGCCUCCCGCCGGACUCGACGCCGGCCGCCUCCCCGUCUACAGCGGCUACAUCACCAUCACACCCUCGACCCCGAGCGCCGGCCGUCUGACGCUGCCGUACGUCGGCCUCGCCGGCAGCCUCCACGACUUCAACCCCCUCCACAACCAGAGCGUCGCCCACACGGGCGUCUACCUCUCCUCGACCGAGACGCACUUCCUGAUCCCCGUCGCCGCGAACCGCACCUUCACCAUCCCCCGCCCCGGCGGCACCUGGGCCCCUCCGUGCUGCCCAAGCUGGUCGCCAUCCCCACGAUCGGCACCCCAGAGCUGCACGUCGACCUCGUGCCCCUCGACGGCAGCGGCAGCGACAGCGCAACGGCACGACCAAGGCCUGGCUCGGCUACACGACACUCGGCAGCCUGAUUGCGAAAUAUCAUGCAAUGCCCCUACGAUCGGGUACACGCACAACUUUGACGCCGCCUCGCCGACGGCACCGCCCCCCUCUCCCGACGGCCCCUUUCGGCCCGAGGGCGCCUUCCAGUUUGUUUCCAACGCGCUGCGCAUCCACGGCGACCGCGACGACAAGGAUGACUGGGUCGUCGUCGAGAGCGUGCCGUUUGUGCUGAAAUACCUCAGCAGCAAGUGCAAGCGCGUUCUGCUCGAGGCGGAUGCGUAA